AUGGAGUCCUCCUCCUCCUCUUCCUCUUUUCGAUUAUUGAGCCUCUUGAUUCUUUCUCACGCCAUGUUUUUUGGUUUCAAACCGGUUGGAGUUGUCCAUAUUUCUCAAGAUCUUUAUAAUAGUAGAUCAAGAAAUCCGUCACCGUCACCACCACCACCACCUGCUCCUAUUUCGGUUCCGGCAUUAUUCAUUAUCGGUGACUCUUCUGUUGACUGUGGGACCAACAAUUUUCUUGCAACUCUUGCACGAGCAGAUCAUCUUCCUUAUGGACGUGACUUUGAUACCCAUAAACCCACCGGACGGUUCUGCAAUGGAAGAAUUCCUGUUGAUUAUCUUGCAUUGUAUCUGGGCCUUCCCUUUGUUCCGAGCUACCUAGGUCAGAGUGGGUCCUUUUCAGAUAUGAAACAAGGGUUGAAUUACGCUUCUGCUGGUGCUGGAAUGAUCUUUUCUAGUGGAUCAGAAUUGGGUCAGCACAUAUCCUUCACCCAACAAAUUCAACAGGUUAUGGAUACAUUCCAACAGUUCAUACUAACAAUGGGUGAAGAUGCUGCCUCUAAUCUCAUCUCAAACUCGAUAUUCUACAUUUCAAUUGGGACUAACGAUUACAUCCACUACUAUCUUCCUGAUGUGUCGGGUGUGCAAUCUAAGUAUAUUUCAUGGAAAUUUACACAGUUUUUAGCUCAUACAUUGAAGCAGGAGAUAAAGAACUUGUACAAUGCGAAUGUUAGGCGAGUGGUGGUGAUGGGACUGGCUCCUAUCGGUUGUGCUCCUUACUACUUGUGGCAAUACAACAGCGAGAAUGGGGAAUGUGUGAAGACGAUAAACAACAUGAUAAUGGAAUUCAACUUUGUUAUGAGAUAUACUGUGAAGGAGCUUCGUAAAGAACUCAUUGAUGCCAAUAUCAUCUUCUGUGAUGCUUAUCUUGGUUCCAUGGACAUCAUCAAGAAUUUUGACCAAUAUGGAUUUAGCGUUUCGGAUAAAGCGUGUUGCGGUUUAGGGCGAUACAACGGUUGGAUGAUGUGUAUAUCACCUGGAAUGGCUUGUGGGAAUGCUUCAAACUAUCUAUGGUGGGAUCAGUUUCAUCCAACAGCUGCUGUGAAUGAGAUCUUAGCUGAGAAUGUGUGGUCUGGAUUGCACACCAGAAUGUGUUAUCCUAUGAACAUGGAACAGAUGGUAGCUCAAGGGGUUAGAAUCAGAUGAUGCAGUUUCAGCCAUUGAUGAUAACUUCUUCUAUGUUUUCUUAGGGAAAUUGUGAAUCAUGAUUU